AUGCUCGGGAUCCGGCACGUUGAUUGGCCCAACCAGGCAAUAUUAGCUCAUCCUCAGGCCCUAGUCCGCCAGAGCAUCGACUCGUGCACUGUAGGGUCCCUGGACUGGCUGCAGCACCACGCGACCACCCCUAAGCAUUCAAUCGGCCCUAACCCAGGUACAACGACUUGCCAGCAAGAUGACAGUCCCCGUCGGUCUUUUUCAUCCUCUCUCCGGCAUGCUGUCGAGAAGUCUACGUGUGCCAGGUACCAUCCAGUGAACCCUGCAAAUCGGCCGAUCAUGCGGAGGGCGGCCAACCCGGCCAGGCACGUUAGGGCUUCCCAAGGCCGCACCCCCUCCACUCCAAGCAGCAGCACAACGAACAGCAUCAUCGGUGGUGGAUCGCCAACUCACCUGUCCUGGCAAUGCCUUCUAGAACACGCUCCACCUCAACCCAAAAAAGCCUCAGUUUUCAUUAGGUACAGGGAGUGCCGGCUUGGGUAA